AUGCUGCCGGCUGUGGUGAAGCUCUGCUGUGGAAUCUCAUAUCCACAUGUACGGAGCAUGACGGGACUCCGGCGUGCGGCUGUGGCAGCGUUAGGACAGGAGCUCUCUCACCUGCAGAGCGAGGGUCACAUCACCUGUCCUGUAUGGAGCUCCAUGAGACGGUCCUGGAGUCAGAAGUUUUACAACCCUGUGGAGACACAGAGCGCCGCUGUGGGACAUGAGGACGUGUUUUACCUGAGACAAGGUGAAGAAGCUCUAAAUGAAGCUCUAGAGAUCGUGGAGUCUACAGACGGCUGGAAACUGGACCUGGCUGAGAAUGGAGACGUGAUCUACAGCAAAGUGCUCAAGGGUAACCGGAAAGUUUUCCGUCUGGAGGCCGAGCUGGACGCGUCUCCUGAGGAACUCUAUGAGAUUCUCUUCUUGAGAGUGGAGGAGAUGCAUCGCUGGAACCCCAGCAUCACAUCCAUCAGAGUGCUGAAGCAGGUGGGGAGGAACACCGUGGUCACGCAUGAAGUGUCGGCAGAAACGGCAGGAAAUCUCAUUGGCCAGCGAGACUUCUUGAGCGUCAGACAUUCGUCCAGGAGCGGCUCGCGUGUUUAUUUGGGCGGAGCUGCGACGCGCUUCGAGUCUGUGCCUCCUCAGCCGGGCUUUGUCAGGGCUGAAGACGGACCCACCUGUAUAAUCCUGCACGCGCUCCCGCAUCACUCCGGGAAGAGCCGCUUCAUCUGGCUGCUCAACAUGGACGUCAAGGGAUGGCUGCCGAAGUCCCUGGUGAACAAAGCACUUCCACGAGCUCAGCUGGACUUCACCAAACAUCUGCGUCACCACCUGACUGCGCAGACGCAGACGCAGGAGAAGAGCAGAACGUGAUGAAGACUGCACUGCCACGGUUGACAGAAUGAAAUAGGAACAAAGACUCGCAACAUACACCUCGAAAUGACUUGAUCAAAACAAAACAAAAAUGAUAUCAAGCAACCAAUGAACUAACUGAUGAUGACAUCAUCUGAUCAUCAACGACGAUACAAAAUAAAUGUAUCUGUGACUUUGAAAUCCCGGCGUGAAAUGAUGUGUGAUGUAUUUCAGAGUAAAGAGUGAUGUUGAACAUCUGCUGCUCCACUGAUGCACCCUACACAAGAGUAUAUACUUCAAGUUCAUUUCAUGAAGUGUACUUAAGCAAAGUUAAAGAAUAGUUUUAAGAAUACGCCCUAAUGAAAACUAAAUGCACUCAAAUGUGUUUGAAAUACGUUUAUUUCAUGUUAAGUAUACUGCAAAUCCAUUGACAUACUUGUGUACUUAAUAAAAAUACCCAGCGAUUGUACUUUUGGUAUACUAAACUCUGCUUAAUUGAACCAACUCGUUUUGUACUUGAAUUGUGCUGAAGUAGUGCUGACGUCCAACUAAAGAAGUAUAUUAGAUUGUGCUAAAGUGGAACUAUUGCUUCAGUUUAAAUAUCUUACAUUAAAAGACUUUUAUCAUUAAAAACAACAUGUAAACUAAAAAAGGGUACACGUGUAUUGUAUGUUAAAAAUACAUGGAUGGCUCCGUCAGCACAGACGUGUAACCAGAGGGGAACCUACAUACGUGCGGGGCACAAGGCAAAAUUAUUCAUAUUAUUAAUUAUUCAUAUUAUUCAGUGAGGCCCUUCUGAAAUGAUUUUGU